AUGAAAGAAUUCGUUCAAGAUAUUUACUUCAGAGUUUAUCGUUGGCCUAAAUCGUUGGUCAUUUACAAAUCAUUGGAAACAUCGGUUGCCAUGAUUUAUUUGGUUCGCGAUUGUCUUCCCCCCUUCUUUCAAGCUUUCUCUCUCUCUUUCUCUCAUUCUAUAUUUCUUUCUUUCUUUCUUUCUUUCUUUCUCUCUCUCUCUUUCUUUCUUCUUUUCUUUCUUUCUUUCUUUCUUUUUCCGUGUUUGUUUGCUUCUGCUUAUGACGGUCUCAGUCUCAAUUUUUUUGUUUUUUCUAUCUAUCUAUCUAUCUAUCUAUCUAUAUUUCUUUCUUUCUUGUUACGGCGGUCUCAUUCUAUUUUUCUUUAUCUUUCUUUCUCUUUCUGUGUUUGUUUCCUUCUGCUUGAUGUGUUCUCAUAUUCAUCUUUCUUUAUUUCAUUCUUUCUUUCUCGCUCUCUCUUUCUCAGUCUCCCCUCUGUUUGCUUCUACUUGCGGCGGUCUCUUUCUUUCUUUCUUUCUUUCUUUCUUUCUUUCUUUCUUUCUUUCUUUCUUUCUUUGUCUCUCUCUCUCUCUCUCUGCUUGCUCAUACUUGCGGCGGUUUCAUUUUUUCUUUCUUUCUUUCUUUCUCUCUCUCUCUCUCCCCCUCUCUCUCUCUCUCUCUCUUGCUGUAUCUCUUUCUGUGUUUAUUUACUUCUGUUUGCGGUGGUCUCAGUCACUUUUUCUUUCUUUCUUUCUUUCUUUCUUUCUUUCUUUCUUUCUUUCUUUCUCUUUCUAUAUAUAUAUAUAUAUUUUCUUUCUUUCAUUUUAUUUCCUUUCUGUGUUCUUUUUUCUUUUUCUUUUAUUCUCAUCAACGCCGCCCCUUUAGAAGCAGAGAUGAAGUUUACAUCUGCAUUUUUGGCAAUUACUUUAACAUUUGCCUUCUUCUCAAUCGUCACAGCAUCCCCUUAUAUCAACUGCACUUCAUCCGAUGGUUACGCCAUUGACGUCAGAGUAAGCACUUGUACAAAGAGUCCGUGUAUCCUGAAGAAAGGAGGUAGCGUUUCUAUUGAAGUGGACUUCGUAUCAACUUUCAGACUUUCUCUCUGCUCUCACAACACGGCUACGCGUAGAACGGCUACGCGUUGCACGGCUACACACAACAUGGCUACGUGUUACUCGGCUACGCGCAACACAGCUACGCGUAGCACAGCUACUCACAACAUGGAACGCGUAGUAAGUCUAUGCGUAACACGGCUACGCGCAGCACGGCUACGUGUAACACGACUACGCGUAGCACGGCUACACGCAACAGGAACACGGCUAUGCGGAACCAUAUUAACUCCAUUAUUCUCACAUACUACAUUAACUUUUGUUUUGGUAAUUUCUUUCUCUCUCUCUCUCUCUCUCUCUCUCUCUCUCUCUCUCUCUCUCACUCACUCACUCACUCUGUAUCUCCCUCUCUUUCAUUCUCUCUUUCAUUCUCUCUCUCUCUUUCUCUCUCUCACUCUCUCUUUCACUCUCUCUCUCUCUUAUUCUCUCUCACUCUGUCUCUUUCACUCUAUAUCUCCUCAUUCUUUUCUUUCUCACUCACUCUUGCCACUCUCUCUCUCUUUCACUCUCUCUCUUUCUUUCUCUCACUCACUCUCUUUCUCUAUCUCAUUGACUCUUUCACUCUCUCUCUUUCUCAUUCUCUCUCUCUCUCUCUCUCAUUCAUUCUCCCUCUUUCACUCUCUCCCUCUUUCACUCUCCCUCUCUCUUUUCUCUCCUCUCUUUUUUCUCUCUCACUUUCUUUUCUUUUCUCUCACUCUCUCUUUCUCAUUCUCUCUCUCAAUCCACAUUAAAUAUCUUUCAGGUCUAUUUUUUUCAUUCGCUCUCUCUGUUCUCUCUCUCUUUCUCUCUCUCUCUCUCUCUCUUACUGUAGAUGCCACUUAUUUGACUGAUCGCGUUAAAGGAAUAAUUGCAGGAAUCAAAUUACCAUUCUCCACAGAAAAUCCUAAUGGUUGCCAAGACAAAGGUAUCACGUGCCCUUUAAAGAAAGGACGAAAAUACACAUACAAGAGCGUAAUUCCAGUAUCUAAUCUGUAUCCCUCGUUACCUCAUGUAACUACUUCCAUCUAUCUAUCUAUCUAUCUAUCUAUCUAUCUAUCUAUCUAUCUAUCUUCCCUAUUCUCUGUCUAUUCAUAUCUAUCUAUCUAUGUAUCCUAUUUUCUGUCUAUUCAUAUCUAUCUAUAUAUAUAUAUGUAUCCUCUUCUCUGUCUGUUCAUAUCUAUCUAUCUAUCUAUCUAUCCUAUUCUGUCUAUUCAUAUCUCUCUCUCUAUAUAUAUAUAUAUGUAUGUAAUCUAUUCUCUGUCUGUUCAUAUUCUAUCUAUCUAUCUAUCUAUCUAUCUAUCUAUCUAUCCUAUUCCCUGUCUGUUAAUAUCUAUCAUCUAUCUAUCUAUCUAUCUAUCUAUCUAUCUAUCUAUCUAUCUAUCCUAUUCCCUGUCUGUUAAUAUCUAUCUAUCUCUCUAUCUAUCUUCUUCUCUGUCUGUUCAUAUCUAUCUAUCUAUGUUUUCAUAUCUAACUUUGUUCAUAUUUUAA